UAUUAUUAUAUAUAUUUUUGUUCAUUCUGGACAGUAUUAUCAUGUCGUGUUACCGAAGUCAAUGACAACCUGCAUUACUAAUCGUUUAAUUCUAUUUCCAGGAUAGAAAAUGAAUAUAAACAGUAGCUUGUCAUUUGUUCCUCUGUAUAUCUGAUCAGAUUUCCUGAGCAUUCUGGAGUAAAUAUAAUCAACAUUUAUAUCUAAAAUGAGAAAUAGUUUCCUUCUUCCUGUAUAAAAGUGCAUUAUGAGGGGGGAAUGAAACAACUGAGACUUUAAGUGUUAUUAAUAUUAAUUCAGCUGUUAUUAAUGUUCAUUAGAGGUGACUUAAGUUAAGACUUUUAUUAUUACUUACAGUGACGUCAUAUGGAUUUAGACUUAAAAUAAUAAUAAUAAAAAAAGUAAAUGGAUUGUCCAUGUGUGGAAAUAUGAUAAAACUACGAAAAGGAUCAAACUAAUGAAAAAUGAAAAAUAAUCAUCCAGUGGGUUUAGUAAACAGGUCUGUGAUAAAGAUAUUUAAAUGUUGAUCAACAAGAUAGAAAGUUUCAUUUGUUGAAACAAAAUAUAGCAAUAUUCCUGACCUGGAAAAUGAAAGUUAACAGUUAAAAGCAUGAUUUUGCUUUUUUAAAAUAAUCUUCGGUUAUUUAAAUAGAAAAAGGAAAAGAAAAAAAAAACCCCAAAACAAACAAACACAAAAAGUUUGAAAUGAAUAAAUGAAUAAAUGAAUAAAUGAAGCCGAGGCUUUGUGUUGGAGUCUGGCGCUGAACGGGGGUUUUGUUUGAUCAGGAUGUCGUGUGGAAGGUUUGCGGAGCCGGCGGCCGUCAGGACGUUCGGACGCUGUGCGUGAAAGGGUUAAGAAAGAGAAACUGCUGGAAUCCCGUCACAGAUUUCUUCAGCUGCUGAUAGACAGGUUCCUGUUUUCCAGCAGGUUGAUUAUUAUUUCUGCUCUGCCGAGUGUUUCAGCGCGGCUCUCCCACAGAGAAUUUACAUCCAGGAGAGAUGCCUGAUCUCUGGCAGGAAGCCAUGGACCACGCUGUGGCUGUGGCCAGAAAAGCAGGCGAGGUGGUACGCGAGGCUCUGCAGAACGAGAGGAAGGUGAUGUGUAAAAGCACGUCGGUGGACCUGGUGACUAAAACCGACCAGAAAGUGGAGCAGCUCAUUAUCACUUCAGUCAAGGAGAAGUUUCCUACACACAGUUUUAUCGGAGAGGAGUCAGUAGCUGAUGGUCAGCCCUGCGUCCUGUCUGAAAAUCCCACCUGGAUCGUCGACCCCGUGGACGGCACCACUAACUUCGUACACGGGUAUCCGUUCGUGGCGGUGUGUAUCGGGUUUGCAGUCGAGAAGACGUUAGAGUUUGGCGUGGUGUACAGCUGUAUAGAGGAUAAGAUGUACACGGCCCGCAGGGGGAAAGGAGCGUUCUGUAACGGAGAACCUCUACAAGUCUCCCAUCAGAAAGAGAUUAAUCAGUCCAUGAUCGCCACGGAGUUCGGCUCCGACCGAGACCCUGACGUCGUCGACAAGAUCUUCUCCAACAUGAGGAAGAUCCUCUGUCUGCCAGUGCACGGGAUGCGUGGUUUGGGUUCUGCCGCGUUGAACAUGUGCCUGGUGGCGGCCGGGCGCGUGGAGGCGUAUUACGAGAUCGGGAUCCACUGCUGGGACGUGGCGGCCGCCGCGGUCAUCGUGGAGGAGGCAGGAGGAGUUCUCCUGGACUUAGAGGGUGGACCCAUGGACCUGAUGUCCAGGAGAAUCGUCGCAGCGAAUAACCAAACCAUCGCCGAGAGAGUCAUUAAAGAGCUCGAGGCGUUUCCUGCUGUCCGGGACGACGCCCCUUUAGAGACUAAACAAUGACGAGUUUAUGCUGUGUAGUGUAUUCAUGCUGUUUUUACCUUCAGUCUUAAAAACUUAGUGUUUUCGACCUUUCACAUGAUUAUAUGUUUGUUCUACCAUGUUAUAAAUGCUGUAUACUAUACACUGAAAACUCCAACAAAGACAUGAUAGAAAAAUAUUUUAUUAUCCCAGUUAUUCACAACGUCCCCUCUGUGUUUAAUGCUCACGCCACGAUCAAUAAAACCUGCAUUCCUGUGCUCUUUAAAUCAGAAACGUGACGGUUACUCCCGUGGAACUCUUUUGAAAUGAAUGCACAGAGGAGAAGAAGAAGAACGAGGAGACACUGGGACAUGGUCAGUGUUUUAGUGCGGUGUGCACAGUUUAGACGAGUCUCACACUUC